AUGGGCGUGUUUUCAGCUGAUAAUCCAUGGGUUUUUAUCUCUGGUCUCCUAGGUAACAUUUCCUCCUUCGUGGUUUUCCUAGCUCCAUUACCAACUUUUAUCCGAAUUUGUAAGAAGAAAUCAACAGAGGGUUUCCAAUCCAUUCCAUACGUGGUUUCUCUCUUCAGUGCCAUGCUUUGGAUUUACUAUGCCUUUGUCAAAUCUGGAGCUUUCCUUCUCAUCACCAUUAACUCCUUCGGUUGUGUCGUGGAGACCAUUUACAUUGCUAUCUAUAUCGCUUAUGCAUCAAAGCAAUCCAAGAUAUCUACGUUGAGGAUGCUUAUAUUGCUGGACGGUGUAGUAUUUUUUUCGAUUCUUCUUCUCAUCCAGUUCUUAACCAAAGGAUCGAAUCGAGUUGAAUUUCUUGGAUGGAUCUGUGUAGUAUUUGCUACAAGUGUGUUCGCCGCACCUCUAAGCAUCAUGAGGCAAGUUAUAAUUACAAAAAGCGUGGAGUUUAUGCCAUUUCAUUUAUCAUUGAUGCUCACCUUUAGUGCUAUCGCCUGGCUUUUAUAUGGCAUAUUUCUUAAGGAUUUACAUAUUGCGAUCCCAAAUGUUCUGGGGUUGGUGUUCGGGUUGCUUCAGAUGGUGCUGUAUGCAAUAUACAGGAACUACAAGACGGUGGUAGUGGAGGAGGUUAAGUUACCAGAGCAUACAAUCGAUGUGGGUGCGGUUACCACUUCUGAAGUUGAGGAAAUUAGUUCAUCAGAGCCGGAAAUCCAUGAUGAUGAUCAUCAAAUGAUUGGAAUGAGCUGUAAAUUACAAAACCAAUAUCAUGAUCAUGAUCAAAGGGAACCCAAAAUCUUGGAGUUGCCCAAUUCAAACCAGAUGCUGGGAACAUGUCAAGCUUGAUAUAGUUCUGCAUAAAUCACUACUCUCCAUCAAUGAUCACAUGCAUAUGGAUGCAUGGAAUUCUCUUAAUUUCUAGAUUGCCAUCUCUGUUACUGUUAUAUAUGUUAUGUAUGUAUAUGUCAACAUUUUAUGAUUUUCUAUAACUUCUCUAGUAGUACUGUUUAUAUAUAUGUGAUCACUUGUAAGUUGAAUCGAGGGAGCUAAAUUAUAAUAAUCAUUGAUAUA